AUGUUCCCCCCGGUGUUCAACAUGUGGAGGAGAGUGAGGUUUUCUCUAGAAGGCCCCGUCUCAUUGUUUACGCGACGUCGCCGUCACAUGAUGCUUAGCAGUAAUAAUGUAACGAGCAAACGGCUUUUGUGGAACCCAUUCACCCCUUCACAAACUGAGGGAGGCGCGGCGUCCGCGUCCACAAGCGGUACGAGUGGUAACAGUGACUUUGCCAACCAGCAUAUCGCUGCGAAAGUGCAUCGCGAUGCCAUGCUUCAUAACGAAAGACUGUUCGACGCUUGCCUGGAGUUACUGUCGUUGUGCGGUGCAAGUGCAUCUGCUUGUCCAGCAGGAGGGUCUCCCCGUGCCGAAAUGGACGCCGAGUCAACUGAUGCAAUCAUGGCCGUCGUACAUGAUACGCUACAGGGCACUUGUAAAACGCCUGCAGACCAAUUUAACAUUGUGUACAAAGCACUUUGCCUCCCAACUGUCGCUAAUAAUCGGCAACUGCAGCGCAGUCUUUUGGUGGUUUUGGAGGCCGUCCUUCCUGAGGCGCUUUUCCGUGUUUUUGAAAGUGCUGAUCUAUUUGUUGUUGGCCCAGACAAUGCAAAAUCUCGUGAAGCGCUCGUUCUAUUCGUCAGAGCCCUCCUCGGUGUAGUAGAGGUCCCUGAGGGUGUCGAAAGAGAGGAAGUUGUUUUUGUCUACCUCGACGACGUACGUACGGCAUUUCCUUCACUUCGCACAAACGCUGCCUUUGUGGAACUGGAAAAAAACACCACAGCGAUAGCUUUGCGGGCCAAAUUAUUCGACCUUAUUUCACAACUGUGUGCGGAAUUUGAUCCAGAGGGUAGCGGACGUAUUAACUUGCGUGAACUGCAGCAGGUAGCCGAACGGGUUUUGGGGCCAGAGCAGGCACAACUGCUCCUUGAAGGAACCUGUGCGGAUAAGAACGGCAAAAUACGUUACAUGCAACUCGCUUCGCUACUCCUGCGCGCUCCUCCACGCCGAAAGCGAUAA